UCUCUAUAUAUAUACCCUGUCCUUUCUUCUACUUUCCCCCACAAGCCCACAACCCCUUAUCCCUCCUUUGCAAAGCAUUUUGCUUUUGCUUUGGUUGUUCUCCUCUAUUUGAUGCACUAUAAAUAUUCCAACAUGGGUUGCUUGCUUCUUCUACUCAGCUGAACAAAAACUCAGAGCUGUUAUCUUUGGGUUUAUUUAGUUAUUUUUCAUCCUUUUUGGAGAUGGAGAAGCCAAGCUUUGUCAGGAGUGGAGGGAUGGUGAAAUUGCCUAUUGGGUUCAGGUUCCACCCCACUGAUGAAGAGCUGGUGGUGCACUAUUUGAAACGAAAGGCCCUCUCUUUUCCGUUGCCUGCUUCAGUCAUUCCUGAGUUUGACGUUUUCCUAACCAAUCCUUGGGAUUUGCCUGGUGAUGUGAAGGAGAGGAGAUAUUUUUUCAGCAGUGGGAAGGGGUUUGGGAACAAAUGCAGAAGAGUAACCGGCUGUGGUUACUGGAAGGCUAUUGGCAAAGACAUACAAAUUGUAGCUUCCGGGAGCAGCAGAGCAGUGGGGAUGAAGAGAACUCUGGUUUUCUAUGAAGGAAAGCUUGGGGUGGGGACGAGAACCCAAUGGGUGAUGCAUGAAUAUCGCCUUGUGGGUCUUGGAACAGCUCCAAGUUCAACCCAGAAAUGUGUGGAGGAAAUGGAAGAUUGGGUUGUAUACAGGGUGUUUCAGAAGAGGAGAAGACCAAAGAGACAUGGGGUCAGUUCCCAGCCCUCUACCAACAACAACAACAAAGCUCAGAGCAUCAUUGAUUUGGUGGUGGAAAACAGCUCUGAUCCAGGUCCCCCUCAGCCUUAUUCACCAUCAUCUUCAAGUGAAAUCAGUGAGCUCUCUGGUGUGGGUUUAGAUCAGGAACAGGAAGGGAGCAGUGCUUACUCAUGUUUUUCUUCAUCUUCAUAUAUGAGAGAGCACUGAACACCACUUUGAUAGGCUGCUUGUAUCAGUUGAUGUUCAGCUAUUGUGCCACCAAUGAAAUGACCACAAAAUGAAAAGACAUUUUAACUGUUCUAGAGGUAUUGUGGUUUGCAAGCAAACCCAAGAUUUCCAAUCAAUAUUAUUAUUCCUUUCUUAUGUGCUUUUAACA